AUGGGAGCAGCGGGACAUCACCAAGCAGCCGCCUCGACCAACGCAAUGGCACCCCUCACGCCGCACUGGACUCAGCCGUCGCACCCCGACGUGCAAGAGGUCGUCAAGGCCAGCGAGACCGAGUUCCUCACCAAGAGCCUCUCCAAGGUCGCCCUGCCGCCCUUUGCCGUCUUCUCCAAGAUGACUUUCCCGCCUUGCACCCUCGCCGACAAGCCCACCUACGCGACCGUUCAAUGUGGCAAGAACAAGCACCUCGAUCUCAACAGCGACAUGCUGUACAUCAACCAUUCGUGCGACCCCUCGCUGGUCAGUCAUCCUGUCCCCUCCUCCGGUGCAGCCGGCGAUGGACCCAGCGUUGCCGCUCUUCCUCUGCGCCAAACUGAACCUGCGUCUGUCGUGCGCCCCACUAACGCAAUGGCGAACCUCGGCCUUCAGCCCGGCGACGAGCUGACCUUCUUCUACCCCUCCACCGAGUGGUCCAUGGCUCAGCCCUUCGACUGCUUCUGCGGCGCCCCCACCUGCCGCGGCACCAUCAGCGGUGCCCGCGACAUGACCGACGCCCAGCUCGACGGCCUCUGGCUCAACGGUCACAUCCGCGAGCUCCUCGACGAGCGCCGCGGCCGCAACGGCCGCAACGGCAGUGGUGUGGAGGAUCCCACGGCCCGCGCCCUGCAGGAGGCCGUGUCGCAGGCCGAGCGGGGCGUCGAGGCGGCGCGCGCGGCGCUGCGCGCUUACACCGAGGCGCACGGCUCGCGCGACGGCGUCAAGGGCGUCAAGUCUGUCAACGGAGACGCAGACUUUCCUUCCAUUGCCGGGCGCCGCGGCGCGUCGUCAAGGGAAUUGGCCGGUGAGAUGGGCGGGGAUACGAUUGUCGUUUGA